AGCAACAGUAGACAUGUUUGAAGAAUACAGCUCAAAUGACAACAUGUCCGAAGUUCAGCUGAUGGAGGCAGACGCCAGUCAGCUCCUAUCCCCCAGUCUGCAGCAAGACGACGACUGGGAGGCCGCUCUGAUCCAUGAGGUGCCGCAGCAGAGGCUCCUUUCUCCCGAGGCCCAGACCAUCUCAAACAUACUGGAGAACUGCAUCGGCCAAAUAGAGAUUACAGCAUCUCUGCCUGCCGUCCGCCAAUUAGUCUGCCCGUGUGUUGAUGUACAAGAGGAGUUCGCGAGGACUCUUGAGGUGCAUCAGAUGUUAAUCGAAAGGCUGGAAACGUCGAAUGACCUCAAGGAGGUACGAGGUGGACCGGCGGGGGAAGAAAGUGCGAGAAGGAAAAGGAGGGCUCAGCUAGAGGGAGACUUGAAAUACUCUGUCAGGGAUCUGCUCAGGUUUUUCCGGACCCACCCUGAUGCAAUUUGGGGUUUAAAACCCGAGGUUGGCAUGGACGUUGGGGAGACCGAGUACACACUCAUUGUAGGGCUGAAGAAAUUUCAUGUACAUAUGAUUGAGAGGUUGCAGACCAGCCCAGAAGAGGAAAUAUUGUUAGCCCUUGAAACUGUAUCACCUGACACGGAGCUAAUUGUCAAAUUAGAAGAAACAGCUGCAGCUAUCAUACAAAAAGAUGUAGAGAUUUCCGAGAAGAAAGAUGACAUCGAAACUUUGGAGCGCCUUCUUAAAGAGAACCAGAUCGAAGUCGUCGACUGGCAGCUUCUCGCUGACAAACAGUGCCAGUCCCUCAUCAAGACUUCACAGGUGAAGCAGGCCAGCAUCCAGCAGGAAAUAGACCGACUCAACAUUCGAAUCCACACUUCCACACUUAAAUUCAGAGAGGGGGAGAAAACACUCCAAGAGAUAAAUGAAAAUGUGGAGAUGGAAAUAGAAUACUUGCUCCAAAAGUUUGAUGAUGAAAUAGAAGAGCACCAGGCUGAUUUGGAGUUAUGUCAGAAGGAUGUUGAAAGGGAGGAAGGGGAACGUAAAAGAUUGGAGAAGCCUUACGCUGACCUGGAGAAAGAGUACAACCACAUCAUGGAGAGGCGUCGGCUUGCAGAAGAGAAAAGAGUUUCGGAAUUGAAGCUUAAGGUUGCUCUUUAUUGUCAGUCAUGGUGGAGGGGGCUACUGUACUCGCAAGAUCUUGGCCAGCAACCCUAUCACACCUAGUAAGGGGGGCAAAAAGAAGGGCAAGGGCAAAGGCAAAGGCAAAGGCAAGAAGAAAUAGUCCAGAUUUCAAAGUCACUACGGUGUGCAAUCUGUUUCUGAGGAUUUGGCCUCUUACUAGCGUUUAAAGACUCCUGUCAAGAGAGAACUGUCGGGAGAGGGGACCGAUCGUGAAGUUUUCGUGACCUUAGUAGGUUUACUUGUCAGCGCUAGACAAGGCAAGGACAUGACCUGGACCAAAGCACAAGGGGGAGGUCAUGGCUCUCAAGUUUUCCCACAUCCAAUUUAUCCAAGCAUGAUUUUAUUGACCUUGUACACGGGGGGAAUAGUUCUUAUAUAACCACGUGGUGGCAGUAUAGGACUGCUCAAUAGUGAGACCCAAUGCCAGCCUCCUGGGGGAGUAACGUGAUGCUCUGCUCCAGAUAAAGUACAGUACAAUACUUGAUUUUGAGGAAGCGUACCAGGAAGCAUCCAUUAAAAUACUAUCUAUCAAAAUUUGACAUUUCAAAAUGUCUUGUGUGUCACUGCACUCAUCUUGAUUUGUCUGAAAUGAUCAGGUCUUAUGUGGGCUCAGCUGUCCCCCUGGUGGCUCUAGACUCGACCGGGGGUUAAAGGUCACACACAGCGACAGGAGUCAUUCAACAUGAAUGAACGUCAUGGGAAAAAAACUAAUAUUGUAUAUUACAGUAUUUACAUUUUGGUUUCAGAGUUAACUUUGUUUCUAUCCAACAAUGUACCCACCCUAAGUAAUGGUAGACUUGCACCACAUGUCCUUAGCACUUACCAGUUCUUAAAUUGUUUUUAUAUUUUACAGUGCCCAUAUAUUGAUAUAUGUCUGUUUGCACAAAAGUGAGGGUUUCAUGCAAAAUGCUUCUAUAAAGAGGGUCAUAAAGGAACAUAAAAUGUUUGCCAAACAAAUGUGAUAUAAUUGAGAUUAUGCAUGGAGGACAAUAUACAUUUUCAGUAUUUCCUGUGUAUAUUCAUCCCGCAGACUACUGG